GGCACUUUGCUGUUCGCGAAUAUGGGUGCUUAUAUUAAUGGAUUCUACGUCUUUUCUCCCGUUUCCGCCAACGACCGUGCUGGAAUACUAUAUGUUACGACCAUCCUGAGUCUGAUUUUCUCGGUCAUCACGCUCAUUGUUCGGUAUCAUAUCCAACGAAGGACUUUUGGGCUUGAUUUUUGGAUCAUCUUUGCUGCUACGGUAUGUACAGUACUCCGGGAUCGUGGUUGCGAGGCUUUUCAUGUACUGAUCGGCGCUUGCUUAGNNGUCGUCGCGUUGGGCCAAUAUGCAGCCAUCUUUGUAGGGCUGAACAACUAUGCGCUGGGCAAGGCGGUGUCGCUCAUGUCGGAGAGUGAUCAAUUAUAUGCAGGCAGGUCCGCCAUCGCCAGUAUUUGUCUUUUCCUCAUCUCCAACGCGCUCUCGAAAUGUUCCGUCAUUUAUUUCAUGAAGCGUCUCUUCUCUACAGACAACAGGACUGCACGAAUUCUCUGUAACAGUCUUUUGGCUCUCGUCGGCAUCUGGACAUUGGCUUCAAUACUAGGAUUGAGCAUUUCUNGCGGUGCUGCCACAAAGUUUGCGCUGGAACAUCGAUGCAGUGGACAGAUCACACGCUGGACCGUCGUGACAACCUUUGACUCCCUCUUCGAACUCGCAAUCUUCGUGCUGAGCAUCAUCCUCGUGGUACCCCUCCAAAUGACCACCGAGAUCAAAGCAUCAGUCAUGUUUGCCUUUUCCUGGCGCCUGGUCGUCGCCAUCUUCGCAAUCAUCCACGUCUACUACGUUUCCCAAUGGUCGUCAUCUUUCGAUCCGGGCAUUGCCACCGUAUACUCUCUACUCUGGCAACAAGUAGAGCUGGGCUAUGCACUCAUGGCAGCCACGAUACCCACUCUACGCUCCUUCAUCCGCGGCUACGAAAAAGCAAUGGGUUGGGAAAGCAGCUAUUACAUCCGCAAUACGGCAACGCGCUCGUACCAACUGUCCACUCUCAACAAGAGCAGGCAUGAAGAAGAGGGCAAUGGUCAAGCGUUUGGAUUGCAGAGAAUAGAGACAAACGACAGGGAAUUGCGGCCAGACAAACAAGGCUACAAGGCUCAGAUCUACGGCCCGCAAGGUCUAAACAGCAUCAGCGAAAACAAUGUGCCCAGAAGAACCAAAAGUUCUUCCAGUGGCGAGAGCCAGGAACCGAUUAUUCGCAAGGAUGUAGAGAUACAGGUUAGCUCCGAGGCUGCGCAUUAA